AUGAUUGCCGGUAUCAUGGGUUACUAUCCACCGGAAGCGGCGGCUAUGUUCUACAACCCGUAUUCGUACGGUCACGACCAGUCAGUGCAACAGUACGCCCAACAGCAGCAACUGGAUUAUCAACUAACUCCUGCCCUGUACCUUCUGAACCAGCAGGCUGAACUGCUCCAAAAAUCACUCGCCAAGGGACAGGCAAAGAAACCGAUCGACGGCACAAUUAACAGCAAGCCUCAGCGUAAACAACGUGGUCCGUACAAGAAGCGCACCAACAAGACGCUAUCUCCAACCGUUUCACCAGCACCAGAGUUUGUAACGGAUACGGAGCGCCUGUCGUCGUCCGAACUGUCCAGCAGCAACAAUCGUUCCACCGGUUCCGACGUAUCAAUCCCAACCAUGGAUAGCAGCUACCAGUACCAACAGCAACAACAACCGCCGCGGAAGCGCAAAAGUGACCCCUGUCUCGUGAUUGACCAGCAGGAACACAAACAAAGCCGAACACUGAGCCACAAACAGUCCAUCUUCCGCGAUGUAUCCCUGAUGGCCGUAAGCUCCUGCAUUGCACCUGCGGUCGAACAGUGUUGA